AUGAUCAAAGACAUGAAGCCGGCGAUUAUCUCUGAUCACACCGAGUGGUACGCCUCGUCGCUGGCCUCCGUGUCUGACACGGCCAAGCCAAUGUAUACUUACGAGCAUGCAUUCCAAGGCUUCUCUGCAAGCCUCACUCCCCGGGAGGCCGAGCUCAUGAAGGCCCAGCCUGGAGUGUCGUCCGUCAUCCCGGAAAAAAUCUACAGGCCCCUCACGACCUGGACUCCUUUCUUUCUCGGUCUCGAAAACAAGACCGCACAAUCUAGACUUCCCAAACCUGAAAAGGUGGGUGAAGUUAUCAUCGGAGUCUUGGACACAGGCGUGUGGCCUGACAGUCCGAGCUUCCGAGACGACGGACUUGGCCCCAUCCCGACUGACUGGAGAGGUGCGUGUGAUGUCACAGCCGAUUUCAACAAGUCGAGCUGCAACAGGAAGUUGAUUGGGGCGAGGUCAUUCUCGAAAGGCUACCGUCAAUAUCUACAAUAUCUCAAACAAACAGGGCAGACGGUGGCCCUUGAUGAGAAGCCAAUUAUAUCCCCGCGGGACUAUGAUGGUCAUGGGACCCACACAUCGAGCACGGCUGCAGGGUCCCCCGUCCCCGGGGCCAACGUAAACGGCUUGGCCUAUGGGACCGCACGAGGGAUGGCGGUCGCUGCUAGGCUCGCCUCGUACAAGACCUGCUGGCCGGAAGGCUGUUUCGACUCAGACAUACUGGCCGCCAUGGACACUGCCAUCUGGGACGGCGUCGACGUCCUGUCCUUGUCGCUGGGCGGCCAUAUGGUAAAUUACUACGGUGACCUAAUCGCAAUAGGAGCUUUCGCCGCGAUGGAAAGAGGCAUAGUCGUCUCGUGCUCUGCGGGAAACGGCGGCCCCGCUGAAUUUAGCUUGGCAAACGUUGCGCCGUGGAUACUCACCGUUGGCGCGGGGACCAUCGACCGCGAUUUCCCAACGAAAGUCACGCUCGGGGACGGGAGACAUUUCACCGGCGUGUCGCUCUACACCGGGCAGCGGAAAUUGUCCGGAGCUAUCGUCUACGCUGGCAACGUUAGCACCCAAGGUACUAGCCUCUGCACCGAGGGGUCCCUCAUCCAAAAAGAAGUGAAAGGUAAGAUUGUGUUGUGUGACCGAGGGGUGAAUGCUCGAGUUGAGAAGGGCGCGGUGGUCCACGAAGCCGGGGGAACAGGGAUGAUUCUGGCCAACACUGUAGAGAACGGGGAGGAGCUCAUCGCUGACGCUUACUUGAACCCGGCUUUGCUGGUCGGCGAGAAGGCGGGCGAUGGGAUGAGAGCGUACGUUUCCAGAAAUUCCAACGCCACCGCCAAUAUUGUGUUUGGAGGUACAAAGAUCGGAAUCGAGCCUUCCCCAGUUGUCGCAGCCUUUAGCUCGAGGGGACCUAACCCUAUUACCAUCGAAAUCCUAAAACCGGACCUCAUUGCGCCCGGGGUCAACAUCCUCGCCGGAUGGACAAAAGCGGUGGGUCCCACUGGCUUAGCCAUGGACACCCGCAAGGUCGAUUUCGCUAUACAAUCUGGUACGUCCAUGUCGUGCCCCCACGUCAGCGGAUUGGCGGCACUGCUGAAGGCAGCACAUCCAGAGUGGAGCCCAGCUGCGAUCCGCUCAGCUCUCAUGACCACAGCUUACUCGUCUUAUAAAGAUGGGAGGCCAUUGCUGGAUGUAGCCACGGGGAAGGCGUCGAACCCGUUCGCGUAUGGUUCAGGGCAUGUGGAUCCCGUGAGCGCCUUGGACCCGGGCCUGAUCUACGACCUAACAAAAUACGACUAUUUGAAUUUCCUCUGCGCGAUAAAAUACGAUUCUUCUCAGAUCAACGCCAUUGUACGGACAAAAAUUUUUAAAUGCAACAAAAAUGCAUCGUACAGAGUGUAUGACCUCAACUACCCUUCUUUCGCAGCCGCCAUCUCAUCAACUAGAAAGGGUAAAUCCAAAGUGGUUUUCAGGAGGACAGUCACCAAUGUCGGACCAAACGGGACAAAGUACCAAGUGUCGAUAUCUUCACCGAGUCAGUUGGCCAAGAUUGAUGUCACUCCUAAAACGUUGAUUUUUCGUCAAAAGAAAGAAACCAAGUCCUUCACGUUGACAGUCGUUGCAGAUCCAAUGCCGGCCGGUACGAAUAUGUUCGGGAGAAUCGUGUGGUCGGAUGAGAAGCAUGCUGUGGCCAGUCCGGUUAGUGUUAUUUGGGUCUAA